CGAUACCGGCAUUCCGGAUCUGUACAAAAUUACAAAUCCUUCUCAUUGCAAAACAGUGAACCAUACUGAGGAAUCAGUUUCAGUUCGAAAUUCCCAAUAAUCGCUGCCUCCAAAGUCUUUUUCUUGCUUCUAUACGAUCUCUCGCAGUUUUCGCACCAAAUCCGCCAGACUACAUUUGUCAUGCAAGUUUUUCUUGAUAUGCGCUUUGACAAAACCGCAGGCUUGUUGUGCGUACACAUCUGGUGAUGAUGCAUUGCUGCGUUUUUUUAGUUCGAGAUUUUGCCGCAUCUGCGUUACCACUGUGCUGAGAAAUGCGAUGCGAUGUGCUUCAUCGAUAAUUAAAUAGCGGAAGUGUAUCUUUUUCAAUGCGGUUUUCUCUCGGAGAAUCAUUUCGUACGACGUAACACAGAUUUACCGGGCUGCAGGGGUCCUUUGAUGGUGGCUUCCUGUACACAUAAAACCACGAUAGCUGCAUAAGAAUUUACAAUUUCUUAAAAACGAAGAAAUGUACAGUACCCGUUCAGCAUGAGUGCCGAUGAGCUGCAGUGCUCGGAUAUACGGGCACCAGCGUUUGAAUUCGUUCAUCCAAUUACUAAGUGUCGAUUAUGUCAAAAUCAGCUGAAAGCAGAAAGCACAAAGAAUAACAACAUUCAUUCUUGCAUUCCUCGUUCGCUCCUCUUCUAACUGAUUUUCGAAGGAGAAUUGGAAGAUUUUAAAUUAAUACUUUCUGGGUAUCCAUAUUAAAUUUGUAAUUUUAUUGUUGGCCCAAAGUAUGUAUAUGUGAAGGCGCAUCUGCAAUGUUUUCCUGCGCUGUUUUGGGAUUGUAAAAUUCAUAAUUGCAUGGAGUGGAUGCCAAUACUGACGACCAGCAACCUCAGAUUUCCUUUCUAACUAUCCACCAUCGAUUCCCUAAUAUGUCCGACAGCGAAGAUGACCAGCCCGCGAUUCCCCGUGCUGCCUUGAAUAAGCUGAUCAAAGAGGUGCUGCCUAAUCUGCGCGUAUCCGCGGAAACCCGUGAGCUCAUCUCCGCAUGCUGCACGGAAUUCAUCCAUCUGGUGGCGUCGGAGGCCAACGAGAUCUGCGAAAAACAGCAGCGCAAGACCAUCACCCCCGAGCACGUGAUGGAAGCCCUGGAUUCCCUGGGCUUCCCUGAGUACCGUCAGGAUGCCGAGUCCGUGAUGCAGGACUAAGAAGUGCAGGCCAAACGGCGUAAAUGCAGUACGAAACUGGAGAAGCUGGGCAUUCCGGAGGAUGAACUGCUGCGCAUGCAGCAGGCCUUAUUCGCCAAAGCACGACAGGAACAGCAGGAGGCCGAUCAUCAGGAAUGGCUGAAGAUUCAGGAACAAAUGUCCAUGUCCGGGCCGAGUCUUUCUACCGCGCAGGCAGAUAGUGAUAGCGAUUAUUAGUGCUUGAGAAUUAUGUAACACGACUGUGGAAGCAAGUCCAAGCAACGGGAAACGGUGCAGCGGAAGUCGUUUUUUAGAGUUUGUGUGGUGUACUGAAUAAUUUUCGAUUUUGAAAUUUUUUUAGCUGUUGGGAUAGAUAAAUUUGGAUCCUUGAUUUUUGGCUUCUGCAGCAGUAAUGGGUGAAUGCUAAUUGGCUACCGUCCAUCGUUAAGUGCAUGUUGUUGUUUUCAUGCACUUUCGAAAAGUUUGAGUUCUCAGUUAUGGUUUAAAUUGUCGCUUUUUUAUUCUGCAUGCAUUAGUUAUAACUAUGACAUAUGUUUCGUCUUGUGUCAAAUCUAGUGCCCAAUUCGCAUCCAUAAACGAGAUCAAAGCGAUGUGUUUCAUAGGGUUGAAAGCCAAAACGAAAGUUUAGUAAAAUUCA